UAACCAAAUAAAAAAAGAGAGAAAGAAAAGGAUUUGAUUCAUUGAUAGUCAAAUCCAAUCUGGAAUCUCCAGACUCUGCCAGAAGCUCCCAAAGGCAAACCUUGGAAGGUUCAGUACUUAUUUUCUGGAGAGGAUAGAGAAAAAGAGUCAUCUUUGCAUUGUUGGAUAGUGAUUGUCAUUCCACUCUUCAAUUUGGGCAACUAAAACCGUGCGACGCAACACUUUCCUUCCUCUCCUAAACGUCGCAGCACGACGGCGAGACGCGAUAGAGCGGCGAGGAGCGGCAAGCGAACGGCCCGCGACGAGAGGCGACUAAACGGCGGUGCGACAAGCAGCAAGUGAACAUCAGUGCAGCAAGAGGACUCGAUUGCACGGUGAUUAAGCCAAGAACGAACACAAAAGCCGAUGCAGAAGUGAAAUCCUAUAUUAGGAUCAAAAGUGUAUAUUGACCUCGUCUGUCAAAGAAAUCACUGGAAGAAGUAAUAGCACAGCUCGGAUGAAUAACACAGGAAGACUCAAGUCUUCUAGUUCUGAACUAGAUCUUGAUCGACCAAACAUUGAGGAUUACCUCCCUUCUGGAUCCACCAUUCAACAAGAACCUCAUGGAAAGCUUUCUCUGCAUGACUUACUCAAUAUUUCCCCUACUUUAUCCGAGGCAGCAGGUGCUAUUGUAGAUGACUCAUUCACAAGGUGCUUCAAGUCUAAUCCUCCGGAACCAUGGAAUUGGAAUCUAUAUCUGUUUCCUUUGUGGUGUUUUGGAGUUGUGAUUCGAUACUUGAUUCUGUUUCCUAUCAGGGUUAUAGGGUUAACACUAGGAUGGAUAAUAUUUCUUUCAUCCUUCAUUCCAGUGCACUUCCUAUUGAAAGGACAUGACAAGUUAAGGAGAAGUAUUGAGAGAUCUUUGGUAGAGAUGAUGUGCAGUUUCUUUGUUGCAUCUUGGACUGGGGUUGUUAAGUAUCAUGGACCAAGGCCUAGUAGGCGACCAAAACAGGUUUUUGUAGCCAACCAUACUUCCAUGAUUGAUUUCAUUGUCUUAGAACAGAUGACAGCUUUUGCUGUUAUUAUGCAGAAGCAUCCUGGAUGGGUUGGAUUAUUGCAGAGUACCAUUUUGGAGAGUCUAGGUUGCAUCUGGUUCAACCGUGCAGAGGCAAAGGAUAGGGAAAUUGUUGCAAAGAAAUUAAGGGAUCAUGUCCAGGGUGCUGAUAACAACCCCCUUCUCAUAUUUCCCGAAGGAACUUGUGUAAAUAAUCACUAUACAGUCAUGUUCAAGAAGGGUGCAUUUGAACUUGGCUGCACAGUUUGCCCAGUUGCAAUCAAGUACAAUAAAAUUUUUGUUGAUGCUUUUUGGAAUAGUAGAAAGCAAUCGUUCACUAUGCAUCUGUUGCAGCUAAUGACAUCUUGGGCAGUUGUUUGUGAUGUUUGGUACUUGGAGCCACAAAGUCUGAAGCCAGGAGAGACACCAAUUGAGUUUGCAGAAAGGGUGAGAGACAUAAUCUCAUUGCGUGCUGGUCUUAAAAAGGUUCCUUGGGAUGGAUAUCUAAAGUAUUCUCGUCCUAGCCCAAAGCACAGAGAAAGGAAGCAACAGAGCUUUGCGGAGUUAGUGCUGCGGCGAUUGGAGGAAAAGUGAUGUGUAUCUGUGUAGAUUGUUUUUACUUGUUCUUAGUGAUGUUAUUCUUGAACCCUUUUCAUGUUUUUUUUACAAUGCUACUAUUAUGUUUACAUUUAUUCAGAUAUGCGUAUAUUCCCAAUAACGAAGUUUUUCAAUAAAUUUUCUCAUGGAUUGUUGCUGUCUGUACAAACUGGUGAGAGUAACAUCUUUAAGGGUGUGUUUGGAUUGGGAUUUGAAUUGA